AUGUACUCUGUGGGGCCCCCACCAGAACAGACACCGAGCCGGGCUGGCCUUGGGCACUUCAGCAACAGCAGCAGUGAUGGCAGAGGCAGACAUGUACCCAGAGGAGAGUGUGACACCUGGCCUCCCUGCCACCUCACACCUGCCAAUGGGGAUGUGGUAGUCCGGAAUGGGGGAAGAUUUGUGGCUAGUACCAUUUCCUCCAGCUUCCAAUUCCCGAAUGCCAAGAAAAGACUGCCUAUUAAUUUCUUCGUUAGAAAAUGGAUAUACCGCACCUGCGUCUGUUGUGAAUACAGAAGACGGGCACAUUUGUUGGGUGGACAGCCCUUGUGUUUCCCUCCUGUCGCUGCAGAAGGAGCUGCUGCAAUCCACACGGGUCCUUUACAGCUGAAGUGUAUUAGGCAGGAUGGUACAAAUCAGAGGGAGCAGCGCCCGGCAAGAAACUGCCAUCCUGCUGCCAUCCUGGCAUUCUCUCAGACACGAGCCGAGCCCCUCGAAGUACGCUUGCGUGUAGGUACACCCAGGGAUUUGGGGCAGAAUGACAUACGCAGGCAAUACUUCGUGAAAAAGGGAUACGUUUAUUUUCAUUAUACCGUCAUCAACAUCUUUGCUAUCACCCAUCAUCGUUAUUGCAAUUCUCUGUCGAAGGGCGCUGUGAGAUGUGUUCUAUUUGAACUUCUCCCACUGGAGCUGCAGCGCGGAGAGCCUACCUCACGGCCUCCCCGUUUCUGUUGGGAAACACCUUCACCUAUACAGGGGGCUAAGACCUCGUCUGGAAUGGGUUCCAGUUCUGUGCUCACGAAGGAGGUGGCAUUAAAGCCAAAAAGAAGAGGACGAAUGCCAGGGGAUGGAUGUCACGUCAAGUUUCUCCCUCAUUCUCUUUUAUUUCUUCUCUAAGAGAUUUUUUAAUCAUACUUAUCUCCAUGAUUAUUUUCCCCAUUUUAAAAAGAGACACUCAAUGUUUAUUUUAAAAUA